UCCCAGAACCCAACUUGCCCACCAGCAAAACCUGAUCUGUAAGUUAACUUACGCCUAAAAUAACUGAGGCUAUCUAGCCACAUUACUGGCCUAUUUAUUCUGUCUGUAGCCACUUGGGCAUUUCCUUUAGGAAUUUGGUAAAGAGAUGAUGUCAAAUUCGUACUGUCUGCAAAAAUACCUCUGCUUGAGGAUCCUUCGGGUCCUUGGGAUUGGUCCAUUUCGCUUGGAUCAAAGUAUUUCAUUGAUGACUAUUCUUACGGCCUGAUCUUUACUGAGUGCGAUAGUUUGGUUCAUGGUUUUGGGAUUUGUGGACUGGAGAUAAACCAAAGUUUGAUAUUUGUGUUGAGAAAUCUUUUAAUGAGUGAUUUA